AUGGGCAAACAUAAUAAGAAAAAGAACAAUCAAGCAAAACAACAACACCAACAACAAGAACCACCAAACAAGAAAAACAAGACCGAACCAUCUUCCCAACCAAUUUAUGAUCUGAGUAGCUCUGCAAGUGAUGCAAACUCAUCCGACACAACAGUCGUUUCUCCAGUUUCAAUUAAUUCUCCUUCCAUUGGUCCUUUAAAUGUUGUUUCCAAUGAUCAGCAAAAGAAUUUUUAUGAAGAUAUGGCUAAGACAGCAUCCUCUUUAGAAAAAAUGAUGACUUUAUUUGGUUCUUAUAACCAGAAAUUGGAACAAUCCUCAAAGAUUGUUAAUGCAUCUUCCAUUAAUUUGGAAAAAUCUGCAAAGGAAUUGGAAAAAUUGUGUCAAAUCAAAGCAGAAAAUGAAAAAUUGAAGAAAGAGGCAGCUACUCACAUGAAAGAAAUACAAGAUAAUGAAACCAAGUUAAAGAGAUUGAACCAAGCCGAACAAAAGAAUGUUGCGUUGGAAAAAGAAAACUCCACUUUGAAGGAACAAGCGAAAUCUGUUAUGGAAAAAGUAAACCAAAUCCAAACAGAAAACGAGAAGUUAACACAAGAAAACAAGAGGAUUUUAGAAAAUGAAAUUCAAUGUUUGGAAUCUAUUAGAAGUAAGGAUAUGGAAAUUCUUUCAUUGAAGAAUAGAAAGGAUUUUCAAGUAUCAGAUUCCAAGACAGAGGAGUUAGUUUCAGAGAUGAGUCGUCUUACAGAUAAUGCUAAUAAUUUGGUGUUUGAUCUCAUAGUUAAUCUCAAUGAAGAUGAUGAAACCUCUAAGUGGGUAGAAAUGGUUCUUUCAACAGUGAUCAACAAAAGCAGUCAACUAUCAGAAGAGGAAUUGAGUGAAGCUAUUCUUGCCAAAAGUUAUACAAAAGCAUGGCAAGAAUUCGCAAGUGCUCUUAACAACAACCCACAUCUGCAAGCUAAGAUGAAGAAUGAUGCACCAUUCCAAUCAAUCUUCCAACAACUCGUCAAGUCAAGUUGCAGGAUUGUUGACAUUUGCGAGAAAUCAACUGUCCCAAAAUUCAAACGUGACUGGUCAUCAUCAUCUGACAAAGUCUGCAUUGUGCCAGCAGUUGUAAUUGACACGGACAACAAACGUGUUGUUGUGGUUGAUGGUCGUCACGUUGAAAAGUCGUCAAAAUAAACAAAAAUUCACG